AGUCGGACAGCUGUGACAUUGGACAGCUUAAACCAGCCCAUUACGCGACGGUCAUGAUCAGGCUCAAUAUCGGAAGAGAUCUGGACUUUAAACACAGUGGAAUACUCGUGGCUUUCUCAGAUACAUACCGGUACUACCAUAUUUGCCUCUUCUGCCCUCGCCGCGUGGUAAUCGGUGGGCGGCCGAGAUCCCUCCUUCUGUAUGAAAUUGAAAUAAGACCAAUUGACCAGCCGACUGCCUUCCCUUGGCAAACGCUUGUGGGUAGAUCAUGGCUGAAUUAGGUCUCGCUAUAUUUGCCUCGAUCGACAUUUGUUACAAAUAUGGAAAGGAAUUGGUCGCUAUUUGCGGCGCUUUUAACGGAGCCGAAGUGGAGCUCCGCGAGCGGACUCUGCGGAUAAAUCUGGGCUGGCGCCGAAUCGCCAUCCAAUUGGACUUCUUGAAAAGGGUUCAACACUUGAUGGAGGACGACCACCGAGUGCUGCAUGAGAAGUCUCUCCAAACCUUCGGCAGCAAGCUGAAGCUCGCUACCAGCAUGAUGAACAGGCUGGUCGAAACUCGAGCUACCGCGUCCCAUGACGUCGAGCUGGUUCCGAAACGAGUCAAAUACUCUUUGAAGAAGGAAGGUCUUGAUAAGGCCAUUGAAGACCUCGAAGCAUGGCAGCGAGCAUCCGAUCCCUCAUGGUUUCUGAUACUGCGCAUGGCUGACCGUCAGCUCGAUACCGAGAUCUCGACGGGAGCCGUUAGAAUAGCGGAUUCGGUUCCAUCAACGCUCACAAUACGCGGUAGCGUGCAAAGUGAUGGAUCUACCUCAGCUGGAAAGGGUAUUACCCUCUCUGCCACAGAGCUCCAAGCCUUGUCGACUGAGCCGAUUGCGUACUGUGAUGCUGAGUUGGCACUCAGGGCAAACGAUGGCCAAAAGUUCAUCCUGGACCGUGUCCAUCGCAUAUGUCCUUCUGACAAGACUUAUCGAGACGCUAAACAGACUGUUCGAGAUCUGGCACGGAAAUUGACGCACAACGAACCUCUGACGUUCGGAUUGCUGAGUUGCAAAGGCUUCGUGACCGAAGUGUCCGGCACAGGACCGGACCGACGCGCCACUUUCACCAUGGUUUUGAGAACGUUGAAAGGCUACUCCAAUCCCCGUAGCCUUCGCCAUUAUGUUGUAUCGGAUGAUUGUCUGGAGUCGUUGUCUCAGCGGGUGGAAAUCGCGCAGGAUCUAGCGAAAUCGGUAAGCUAUGUCCAUACAUUUGGCUUUGUCCACAAGAACAUCCGACCCGAGACCGUCCUUGCUUGCCGCAAACCUGGCACCACGGAGCUAUGCACCUUUCUGAUCGGGUUCGACGAUUUCCGCAGAGAGGACAACUGGACCCUUCGGAGGGGUUACGAUGACUGGGAGAAGAAUUUAUAUUGCCACCCGUCCCGGCAAGGAGCGACUCCUGCGGAAGACUAUGACAUGCGGCACGAUAUCUAUAGUCUUGGUGUAUGUAUGCUUGAAAUCGGGUUGUGGCAGAGCUUCGUGGAGUACAACGCCGCCGGCAACGCUUCGAUUCCAUCUUCUAUCCUUGAAAAGGCUCGUGUUCAGCGCCCAGAGCAGUUAGCCUCCUAUCUCCUGACUUCUAUGAAAGACAAGUUCGUUUCGUUAGCUCACGAUCGACUUCCUCGGGCCAUGGGCUCCAAGUACGCCGAGAUUGUGGUGACUUGUCUGACAUGCUUGGAUCCAGAAAAUCCAGACUUUGGAGAUCAAAGCGAAUUCGAGGAUGAGGAUGGGAUACAUGUUGGUGUCCGUUACAUCGAAAAGGUGCUACUUCGUCUCAACAAUCUCUGCAUUUAAAGACCCAGAAGACCAUUGGUGUUGACUUGUAAGGAAGCCUGGGUCGUGUUAAACUGCAGAUGCAUGAUCGGCAGUACCUAGAUUCAGAAUCUAGAAUCUUUAGAAAAUCCUUUAAAAGCCUUUUAGAGACGAAUCCAUGACUGCACUAUGACGAUUUGCGACGAUAUGCAUUAGAUGAC